AAUUUUAUUUUUUAUUUUGUUCAAUUUUGCAUUCAUCUAGUGGUCACAAAUAGAAGCCUUAGUCAAAUCUCACGAGGACAUAGCAUACUUUCCAAUUCGGUUUGUUCGGGUCAUGAAACAUAGAAAUUGAAUUAUACUGGUUCUGGUUCGGUUUUAAUUGACAAAACCGGAUUUGCCAGCUCUAGUUAUGCGUGCAUAAACCGGAUCUUGUCAAACCCCUAAACACGCUUGACGUGAAUUUUCAAUAAUAAAUUUUUUUUUUUCGCAUGCUCGUCACUGUGAUGCGUUAUUCGCCGACGGGCAUGAAGUUUCACACUCGUCUCGUCGUCGAACUUCCGAUCCGGCGUGAGCGUUUUCAUCGGAUUAGUCCUCUUUUGUCGUUGAUUUGCUACUUCACGGGGGUAUGUAUGCCCACCACUUGUUCGACGAAAAUCUACCUGAAAUGUUGGAUGAUUAAGCAGAGUUUGGAGAGAAGCUUUCAUGAAAAGCGAGAUCUAUGGAUGUUUCUAGAUCUAAUCUGAUGAGAUCUCUCCACUUGAAGUUCCAAUGGAAUAUGAUUAUUUGCAUUGCCACUAAAAAUGGAUUCUGCUUUCAAAUUGUUAUGGCCUUCGCCGUAUGAAGUUUACUGGUUGAAAGACUUAUAAAUUGAUAUUGGACGUGAAGCAGCGUUGUCUCUUGGGGUAGCAUGGAAGAAUUUGCUAUCUAGAAAGUAUUUUCUUGCUGCACAUAUGAGUCAGUUGACUUGGAAUCAAAGGUGCAUUUUGAUGCUCAUUAUAUUACUUGCAACAACUCACUCACCAACCUAUUAUAUGUGAAUUCGGCAGUCUACAAAACGUGAUGAUGUGCCCUAUAUGAAGUUUACUACUUACAAAGAUUAAUUGACUGUGCGUGAAACAGCGAAGGGAGGUGUUUUGUGGUUGAAGAGUUUGCUUAGUUAAAAUGGUCAUUAAUGUUCUGUGUUCCAUUGCUGAAGCUCAUUAAUUAAUCGCAGUGACGCCAGACGACAUGCAAAGCUCAAUCUUGAUGAAUCUGGCAGCUCACAAAUUGUGAUGGCCUUCUCCGUAUGAAGUUUACUGGUUUAAAGACUUACAGAUUGAUAUUGGACGUGAAGCAACGUGGUCUCUUGGAGAAAUAUAGCAGCAUUCAGCUAUUGAUGCUCCUGAUCAAUCGGCUAUUCAGAAAGUGUUUUCUCGCUGCACAUGUGAGUCAGUGGAUGUGAAAGCCAAGAGUGUAGAUUUAAAGGAAAAUUUUACCUGAAUUCUGGAACCAGGCUAGGUAGCUGUUGCAACCAGAGGGAAAAUCAUAUCCUUGAUAAUUGCAUGUGCUUUGUAGAUCUUUAAAAGUUUCAGUUCUUGAUUCUCUAUAUUCCUGCAAUUUUUGUUUUUGUUUUUCAUUGACAACUACAUAUGCUUUUUGCCCAAUUGCUGUGGUUCGAUUUUGAAGAAUCUAGUUGAAUGCCAGUAUAAGUAUUGCCUCAUGUUUUCUUGAUGAAUCUGUAGAAGGGAGGUGUUUUGUUGUUGAAGUGUUUGCGUAGUUAAAAUGGUCAUUAAUGUUCUGUGUUCCAUUGCUGAUGCUCAUUAAUUAAUCGCAGUGAUGCCCUAUGACAUGCAAAGUGGUCUCUUGGAGAAAUAUAGCAGCAUUCAGCUAUUGAUGCUCCUCAUCAAUCCGCUAUCCAGAAAGUGUUUUCUCGCUGCACAUGUGAGUCAGUGGAUGUGAACGCCAAGUUAUAUCUUGAAGAAGUUGCAGCAUUCAGCUAUUCUCCAAAAAGUGUUUUCUUUCGAAAAGCCAAGGUACAUACAUAGCGAUUCUCAACCAAUGAAAUUGUUUGAGAAACUGAAGGGAAAUGAAUGUAUAGUUGUUGAACAUGAGCUGUUCACAACUAAUGCAGUAAAACAGGUUUAUUCUACAAGAUAGUUCUCAGCUUGCAUUUUAGGACAGCUAUCCAAAAAAGUCAAUGGGGGCAUUCCGAGAAUCGAACUCGGGACCUCUCGCACCCAAAGCGAGAAUCAUACCACUAGACCAAAUGCCCUGUUGUUUAUUUGCCGUUUUGGAGAACCUGGCAGCAUAAAAAAGGUGUUUUCGUGAAGCAAAUAUGAGUCACGGCGUGUGAAAGCAGAGGUACCUUGUGGAUCCAAUUCUACGAGUUUUUAAACUUCCGCACUCAAUUUUCUGAAGUCAUGAUGGGCUAUUGUUAUGAUUCUUGAUUGUCACUGUAAAUCCAUAUGCUAUUGAACAGAUUGUUUUACGUUUGAAUGUUAAUUAUCAUAAAGUUAUCAGCAAAAGCUUUUGCCUUUCAAACGUGACAUGAAGCACUGCGUAGGCUAAUGAACAGAGUUCCUGAAUGCUAUUUGAUCAAGCUUCUCUUGUAUUUUGGAUUUUAACUUGCUCACAUUCCAAGAGCUAGAGAUUUGAGUCCUGCUGCUCAGUUUUUUUUUUUGGCUUAACAUUUCGAUGAGCAAACUAAUUCUAGAAGUUGUAUAAUUUUAGGGGGGAACUUGUUAAUUGCUUUCAUUUAAAAGUAUUACAGUUUUUUGUUUACAACGGUAAAAAAAAAAAGCUGAAUAUUAAAAGUUAUGGUUAAAAUUCAAAUAUAAACCAAAGCCAACUAAUAUUAUGCUUCUACAACAAGAAACUUCUCUAUUACCAAACAACUGUUGGAAAAAACCACUGUUAUUACCGGUCAAGGAUCGAUCUUGAUCACAGUUUAGAUCAGCUAAUGAGAAUCUUCAGACUCUCAUCAGUCGCACCGCGAAUUUUCCAGUCAAAUCACUACACAACUCUCUCACCGGCGGCAGCCAUCGCCGGAGCUCUUCAAGAACACAUCAACUCUCCGUCCCCAAACUCCGGGAAGAAGAUUCACGCCGACAUAAUCAAAACUGGGUUUAGACCAAAUCUGAACAUAUCCAUCAAACUACUUAUCUUACACUUAAAAUGCGGAUGCAUGACUUACGCACGCCAAGUGUUCGACGAAUUGCCGAAACCAACGCUAUCGGCUUACAACUACAUGAUCAGUGGCUACCUGAAGCAAGGAUUGGUAAAGCAAUGUCUUCUCCUAGUUCAACGCAUGGCAUUCUCUGGAGAAAAGGCAGACGGGUACACGCUCUCCAUGGUUCUAAAGGCAUCAUCAUCAUCAUCAUCUACUAGUCUUGGUAGCUUAUGCAGGCUUGUCCACGCCCGGAUUAUAAAAGGCCACGUUGAGCUAGACGAUGUGUUGGUCACUGCGCUUGUUGAUGCUUAUGUCAAGAGCGGGAAGCUGGAGUGUGCGAGGACCGUGUUCGAAACGAUGAAAGACGAGAGUGUGGUGUGUUCCACAUCGAUGAUCUCGGGUUACAUGAACCAAGGAUUCGUGGAGGAUGCUGAAGAGAUUUUUGAUAAGACUAGAGUGAAGGACAUUGUGGUUUACAACGCUAUGGUUGAAGGUUUGAGCAGAACAGGUGAGACUGCUAAGAGAGCUGUUGAGAUGUAUGUCUCGAUGCAGCGGGCCGGUUUCCAUCCGAAUAUCUCGUCAUUCGCUAGCGUGAUUGGCGCGUGUUCGGUUCUGACGGCGCGUGAAGUUGGUAUGCAGGUGCACGGUCAGGUUAUGAAGAGUGGAGUUUACGAGCAUAUUAAAAUGGGGAGCUCUUUGUUGGAUAUGUAUGCAAAGUGCGGUGGAAUCGAUGAUGCGAGGAGAGUGUUUGACCAGAUGCAAGAGAGGAACGUGUUUUCUUGGACUUCGAUGAUCGAUGGGUAUGGGAAGAACGGGAACCCUGAGGAAGCGCUUGAGCUGUUCGCUAAGAUGAAGGAAGUGAAUAUAGCACCUAACUAUGUAACCUUUCUUGGAGCUCUCUCUGCGUGUUCGCAUUCUGGUUUGGUUGAGAAAGGCUAUGAGGUUUUUGAGAGCAUGCAGAGAGAUUACUCUAUGAGGCCGAAGAUGGAACACUAUGCUUGCAUGGUUGAUCUCAUGGGACGGGCUGGAGAUUUGAGUAAAGCUUUUGAGUUUGUUAGGGCGAUGCCGGAAAGGCCUAACUCGGAUGUUUGGGCUGCUCUUCUGAGUUCUUGUAGACUGCAUGGUAAUGUUGACAUUGCAAGCGCAGCUGCGAGUGAGCUUUUUAAACUGAAUGCUGAUAAAAGACCUGGGGCUUAUAUAGCGUUGUCCAAUGUUUUGGCUUCUGCUGGUAAGUGGGAGAAGGUGAGCGAGAUUAGGGAUGUGAUGAAAGCUAGAAAGAUACCUAAGAACAUUGGUCGUAGUUGGAUUAGUGCCGAUAAAGCUCAAUGAAGGUCUUGUGUAUCAGAGACUGAAUAGGGGAUGAGACUUUUUGCGACCAAGUGGUUUACAGAAGUGAUAUCUAUGAAACAUUCAGUAAGGCUUCUCUCAUUCACACUCUUCAAUUCAACAGUGAGCUCGAAACAUAUACUUUCAGUGAUGAAACCAAAUCAAUAUUGCGGUUAGUUAUGUUGCGUCUUUGUAAGUGCGGUUUGUUACAGAAGUGUUAAGUUGCUUUGUAGGUAAACAAGAGAGCACAUAGUCAUUCUUGUGAAGCGUAUCAAUGGCCUCUUCUGAGUAGGGUGAACCAGGCCUAUUUAGGUAAUUUCAAGUGUGGCCAUGCCUAACAAUGAUAUUGGCCUUUGAUUUUGUGUGGUUGUGAACUUGUGGUAUUUGCAGCUGACAAAAUAUGCUUUUUGAUAUCAAUUUAUAAAACAAUUAAAAGGAAAAAUCAAUGCCUUGAGGACAAAACAGCUCAUGAAUCCAAUAAACUACCAAACAGUAAGUUCCAUGACCAUACUGUCUCCCCUACAACAGUUCCAACCAAUAAUUUUGUUUCUCAUUCAUACACCAUUACCAAAUCAUUCAUCAUUUUAUGGUUCUAGUUUUGUACGCAUCUACUAAAAUAAUUGAUAUAUAUUGGUAUUUAAUCAUGCUUGUCUUCAUUGUUUUUCUCCUCCACAAGGUUAGUUUUUUUUUUUCCUCUUCGUUUCACAAGUAUAUUUGUUGACAAAUGAAAAAUUAUUUAGAAAUGAGAAUACAUAAUUUACAAAAAAAAA